AUGGAAAUGCCGAAGCUAAUUCUGACUAUGGAUGAAAUUGUGCAAAUAACUCAGUAUUUAAAAGAUAAGAAUACUAGACCAUCUGGUGUAUCUGCUCGGGAGUGGUGUCAAUUUCAAAAGAAGGCCGAUGACUUUCUGGUUCUUAAUAACAAGCUAUACUAUAAUAACGUUGAGAAGAAAAUACGGGGUAGUCAGUUGCUGGAGGCAGUUGGUGAUGAUGAUACUGCGAGAUUAGAAAAGCUCUUCCAAGCUGCGCAUACCGUGGAAGGGCAUGUGGGGCCAGAAAAGGUUUAUCUAAAGCUUCUGCGUCAUUAUAUGGGCUUCAGUCAAGAGACUAUUCGCGCAUUGUCUGAGCAUUGUUCAUUGUGUAAAGAGUACACUCCGCCAAGUCAAAACAGUCCUAUGAAACAUACUGAUUGCCGGUAUCCAUUGAUGCACCUGCAAAUUGACUGUAUUGAUAUGCGCCAAUAUGCGGAGGCAAACAAUGGUUAUGGGUGGAUCUUAUCAAUUCUAGACACUUGCUCUAAGCGUUUGAUGGCUAUACCAAUGAAACAGAAAACAGGCAAGACUGUUGCUGAAAAGUUGGACUUCUACUUUACCGCAGCCGCUGUGCCGUGGAUAGUACAAAGCGAUAAUGGCGAGGAGUUUGUUAAUGAUGACGUUAUGGCUCUUAUGCGGGAGUUGAACAUUGAGCACAGACACGAUGGUUCUCGACACUUAGAAAGCCUGGGCCAAGUAGUGCGUGCUAAUCAAAGCCUAACCCGGAGUCUGUUCAAGAAUGCACCACGUGAUAACCCAAACCGCUGGAUUGAUGUCUUGUCCAAAGCCCUAAGAGUCCAAAACCACCACUGGAACCGGGCCACCAAUCAAGUGCCGAUUGAGGUAUGCUAUGGCUGGCCAGUGACUGACGGUCGCCCAAUUCUGAGCGAUGAGUGCCAAAAGGUCUUUGACCAGGAAGUUGAGCGAAUGUACCGUUGUGAGCUAGAGGGGGAUUCACUCGUUGACCCGGUGCUGGAAUGGAACAAACCGGUCGAGCAUCCAACUAUAAAGAUUGUUCCGCUGGAGAGAACUCCAGUGGAGGAGCGGAUAGAUGUCAACUACCGAGAGAAGUACUUGAGUGGGAUGAGCCGGGCUAAUGGUGCACGUAUAAAGGCAAAGAAGCUUUCCAUCGGGGAUAGGGUUAUGAUCGCUAAGGAUUAUGAUAGUGACACUAAAGUUAGGCGGCCGACAGGUACUAGCUUUUAUCUUCCGGAGCCAGGAACUAUACUGCGUAGCGCCGAUAAAGACAACUGGAUUGUAGAGUACCAGGGCAAGGAGAUACUGGUGCAACAGGAUAUGUUGUUGCUAAGCCCUGAUAAGAGCGAAUAA